AUGAUUAAAAUAAUACAAAUAAUUUUAAUAUUUCCUAUAUCAGCUGUUCAACAUCCAUUCUAUUCUCAACAACCAUCAUCGUUACAAGCUAUUAAUGAUGAAUUAGUUCCAUUGACAAAUCAAUCUCAAGCAUUUGAUCCAUAUCAAUCAAAUAUUGAUUAUCGUUUUCAAGAAUUAACGAAACGAUUAUCUACUUUAGAAACAAAACUAACUGAAGAUGUAUCAACUGUUCUUUUAAUUUUACAACGUCAAUUUCCAACAAAUAAUUUAACAAUAUCUGUUUCUUCUACUGAAACAUAUAAAACAAAUACUUAA